AAGGCAAUGACGCUAUUCUCCGUUACCAAGGCAUUCUGAAGGCAAACACUAGCUGGAUAGCUAAGCUAGCCAAUCUGCCAGAUAAUCUUAUAGCUAUGAUAUAACCCCCGUUAACUCCUUCACCGAGUUGAAAUAUAUGUCUAAUAUAGUUUACUAGAGCCCUCGAAUCCAGCAUAUUACCAUUACCUUCUAGUCUGUUCGCUACGUGGCCUAAAUUAGAGGCCACCCAUUUUUCUUUUGAAUCAUAUCAGUCUACAAGCUAGCUAACUUAGUAACGUUAACGUUAGCUGCACAGCCACCAUGGCUGAAUUUGGGUUUAAUGAACACCAUCAGAAUGAAGUCAUCAAUUACAUGCGUUUUGCACGUUCAAAGAUGGUCCUGAGACUAAAGACUAUUGACUCAUGCUUUGAAGAACUCAAAGAUAGCAGGCUGGUGGAGGAAACCUUCACAGUGGACGAAGUGAAGGAGAUGCUGGACGGGCUGCAGGCGGUGGUGCGUGGGGAGGUGGAGAUGGAGCUGAUCAACACAGCCCACACCAAUGUGCUGCUGCUCAGGCAGCUCUUCUCCCAGGCUGAGAAGUUUUACCUUCGACUGCAGAGUGAUAUCUCAGAGCUGGAGAACAGGGAGCUGUUAGAACAAGUGGCUGAAUUUGAGAAGACUGACUUUAAAACUGCUAAGAUAAACCAGGAAACAAACAAACCCAAGCUAUUAGCACCACUGAAUGAAGGUGGGGUGGCUGAACUUCUUAACAAGGAGAUAGCGAGACUACAGGAGGAAAAUGAUAAACUGAAGUCCAGGCUGCGGACUUUAGAAUCCCAGGCAAUGAGUGCACUGGAUGAGAGAACCAAGGCAGAAAGGGCUCUGAAAGACCUUCAGAAAGUGCGAGGUGAACAGCAGCUGGCUGCUCAAUCCCAGGAGCUCAGCAGUCUGGAGGACACAGUGGCAGCUCUGAGGGAGGACUAUGAAAGGUCUCUUAGUGCCAAAUCUGCCUCUCAGAAGGAUCUGCAGGAGAACCUGAUCUCUGCCAAACAUGAACUUCUGCGAGUGCAGGAGCAGCUGUCGUUGGCAGAGAAGGAGUUGGACAAGAAGUUCCAGCAAACUGCGGCCUACCGCAACAUGAAGGAGAUCCUGACCAAGAAAAAUGAGCAGAUCAAAGAAAUUCGAAAACGAUUGCAGAGAUAUGAGCCCAAUGAAUGAGUGCUACCCAAGACAGUUGGUUUGACAGGUGUCCAGAGGGUAGGACAGGACCAAAAUGUAUGACUGUUGUUUGGACAAGAAACCAUCAGUUCCACUGCUGUAACACAAGAGAGACAGAAACAAGCGCUUCCGGAAGGAAUUGUUUAUUCAUGCUUUAUCUGGCAUCUUCAGAAGUUAUUGGCUUUAGUGAAGAGUGUGAGCAGGGAUGUUGGCAGUACACACAACUGAUCACACGAAACACGUAGUGACAAAUGAUAGCCUUCUUCAGCUGUGCUUUUUUUCUACGUCUCAGUUUUGGAGCUCACUUACAGUAGCUAGCAGACUUCCCUCAGUGCUCUAUGCAAUUAUUAUAAUGUCCCUGUUUGAAGAGGCCUUGUCCAUUUGCUGAAUUGGACAGAUUCGCACUGUCUGCCUGAAGCGUUAGAGUCUUAUCUAUUGGAUGGUUAUAGGUGAUAUUUAGCUUUCUAGCACUAGGUAAAUGAUUAUUGAUAUUUUUGCUGAUCAGUCUUAAUUUUAGCAGCGAGCUGAGUUAGACCCAAGCAGAUCCCAAGCCAGUUUGUUUAUUAAUAGUGAACAGCUUCAAAGUAAUGUUUCCUGGCCUUCUGAGGUCAAUCCUGCUUUAAUUUGUUACCUAAAGAUUUAAAAGCAUUUCACACAAAAAUAUUUCCAAUGAUCUGACAUUCUGUGAAAGUCUGAUCAUUGAAAAUAUACCAAAAUGGCUGAAUUUAUUUUUUCUGCAUUUGCAUAUUGAAUGAUGUGGAUAGUGAUCUAGAAUGAUUUCCCUACUUCCCUACACAAAGGGCAUAGAAUAUUUUUGUCUGGAAUCUUUAACUGUGUACUUUUCGUAUUGAUGUGGGUGAUGGAGUGUAAGAGAAAAAAACUAAAUGAAUAUAUACAUGAUGUUCAUGAAGUAAUGCUCUUGUAGAGUAUGAUACAUCUACCCUAUAAUACACUAGAUGUGCAUUUGUUUGUAUUGUGCAAAGUAUGGGGUAAUAAAAGCUGUUGAAAAG